AUGGUCUCGACAUUCCUCACCCCGACGCGCGUCGCCAAAGAGCACGACCUGGCCUCACUGCACCUGCGCCGCGACCAGGCCCUGCCCGUGGUUCUCUCCACACAGGUGACCCGGGAUGCCGACGACGGGUACGCCGAGGGCGUGGUGACCAACACGCGGUUCGGCUCGUUUCCACACUCGACCAUCAUCGGCGCUCCCUGGGGGAGCCAGAUCCGGGCCAGCAAAGUCGAUACCGGCUCGAGGGGACGAAUCAAGCAGAAGCAGAAACAGAAGCAGCCACAACAGAAGGGAAAGGAUAUCGUCUCCGGCGGUGGCGGGAAGAAAAGAAAGGCCGACGAAGCGCUCUUGGAAGAUGAAGACAGGAGAAUAAAGACGGCGGCGGCGGUGGAGGAGGUGGUGGUAGGGGACGAAGAGGAGGGAGGCCGAAGAAGCGAGCAUGUAAAUCCUCCGCAAGACGGGUUGCAAAGAGGAGAAGGGACGGGAGCGGUCGAGGGAGCAGCAGUCAAGGAGGCCGUCGUGGCCGAGUCGGGCUUCGUGCACGUCCUCCCGCCCACGCCCGAGAACUGGACCACCAGUCUCCCCCACCGGACCCAGGUCGUCUACACGCCCGACUACAGCUACAUCUUGCACCGGAUCCGCGCGAGGCCGGGGAGCAGGCUGAUCGAGGCGGGCAGUGGCAGCGGGAGUUUCACACACGCCGCCGCCAGGGCUGUCUUUUGCGGGUAUCCCGAAGACGAGCACCGUUCUCGUCAAAGUGCGGACGAGGAGGAAGGGAGGAGCAGUGACAUCCAGGACGCAGUGCAAGGAGAGAAAGAGGGGAUUGGAGAAACCACGCCAGAUGACAAGGGCAAGGGACACGAGGACAUCGACCGGUUCGGACGAGUAUUCAGCUACGAAUUUCACCGCGAGCGGCACGAAAAGGUCAAGGCGGAGAUGGUCCAGCACGGACUAGACACCGUGGUGCACGCCAUGCAUCGAGAUGUCUACAAAGAUGGGUUUCUGAUCUACGAUUCUGAAGACACUCCCACCGGCGAGAAAACGUCCCCCAACGCAAACGCCAUCUUUCUGGACCUGCCUUGUCCGUGGGAAGCUCUUCCACAUUUGACGCGCGAGUCGUCGCAGCAAGGUUCCCCCAGCGUCCUCGACCCUCACUCGGCGGUCCAUAUAUGCACAUUUAGCCCUUGUAUCGAGCAGGCGCAAAAAACUAUCUCCGCGCUUCGGAAAUAUGACUGGAUCGAGAUCGAGAUGAUCGAAGUCCAACACAAGCGCAUCGACGUUCGACGAGAAUACACCGGCUUGCAGUACAAUGGCAUGCGCGGCACCAACGCUUUUGCUGCGAAUGUUGAGGAGGCGGUCUCUCGACUCAGAGAGGUAGAACAACGGUUAAAGGAUUUCCACACAGGAAAGAGCCUGGGUGAAGACAAUAAGUCUAGAAAGGUCAAGGACCAGCAACACCAAGUCGACGUGGGGAAACUACCAUUCAACGGAGGCAGGCUCGUGCACAGGACAGAGGCCGAAGUGAAAACCCACACUUCGUACCUCGUCUUUGCUGUGUUACCAAGGCUCUGGACCGAAGAAGACGAAGCCUUAGCACAGGAGAGGUGGUCGAAGCAUGUCAAGAUGGUAUCGCAUGCGCCCAAGAGCCAGCGCCAACUGAAGAAGGAAGCAAAACUGAGAGCGAAAGGUCAGCUCCAGAACGAUGUUAAGGACAAAGAGUCGGAGGUGAACGCAGAGGCGGCAAAGAAUGCCAUGUGA